AUGUAUCCCAUAGUCGGUCUGCUUGUCCUUCUGUCCGCGUGCAUGUCUGAGACAGCCGCAGUCAGUGUCAUUUGCAUCAUACCCUCCGCAAUAUGCUCUCUGUGGAUUACCUGGCAUCUAACCUCCAAGGAGGAUGGCAAUGCGCCGGUCACAUUGCCCGAAUGCCCACUAACAACAGUAUUGCCCUUCUUUUACAAACGUUUUGACUUUAUUAGACGUGGCCUCGAACUCACCGGCCAAUCGGUGUAUACAUUCAAACUGAUCAGUACGUCGGUUGUCGUGGUCUCUGGAGCGGCAGCCAGGCAUGAUUUCUUCCUGUCCAGAGAAUUAGACCUUCAUUCGGGCUUCAAAAUAUUAUCCGGCGCGAUCCCACUGUUACCUGGAGUGACGGUAGAUCUCGCCAGCCGACGAAUAUCUCUCAUUUACAAACGCCUGGCUAUGGCCCAGAAUAGCGACCGUCUGGAACGAUUGAUACCAACUAUUCUUCAAGACUUGCAACAUAACAUAAAACUGUGGGGGCAUUCCGGCAUAUUGAGCCCUUUUGAUUUAAUUCCUCAGCUGACCUUCCACGCCAAUGUCAGAAGCCUCGCCUCCGCGGAAAUGGCGGACGACCCCGACCUUGUCGUCCGUCUGAAGAGCUUAUAUGAUACUCUCGACGCGGCAAUGACCCCCGCCGCCGUAAUGUUCCCGUGGUUCCCAAGUCCCAGCGCUAUACGACGGAUAAUUGCCACAAAGAAAAUCUACAGUAUAAUUUGUGCGGCCAUUGACGCACGAAGGGACGGGAAAACUACCAGGGACGACACAUUGCAACUCCUACUCGACAACGGGGACGACAAAUUGGUGAUCGUAGGAUUUAUUAUGGGGUUACUGGUCGCUGGCGCUAGAUCUACAGGAACCACAGCUUCAUGGCUCAUGACCUUCCUGUCCGGACACCCUCACUGGAAGGAGCGCGCGACUGCCGAGCUCCGUCAACUUAUAUCUGACCACGCACACAUCUGUGCGCCCUCGCCGGACGUGGACGCGCUCGACGAGCUAUCCGCAUCUCUCUCCACGGUGCCCCUGGACGCCUGGGAGAGUGAGACGCCCGUGCUCGACGCCCUCAUUCGCGAGACCCUCCGCCUCGCGCAGCCACAUACCGCGAUGCGCAUGAACACGGGGCCUGAAAUCUACUUGGCGGGAAAGACGGUUCCACCAGGAACGUUUGUCGUCUAUCCGUUCAGCGACGCCCACCUCAGCCCCGAACUCUACCCCGAUCCCUGGAAGUUCGAUCCAGCGCGGCCAGAGUCCAAGAUGCCAUUCUCCUAUGUUGGCUGGGGUGCAGGCAAGACCGUGUGCCUCGGCCAGCGACUCGCCAAGUUGCAGCUGAAGCUGGUCAUUGCCGUGCUCACACUUGGGUUUGAUCUUACCGCCGUUGACAGCACGGGUCACCAGCUCAGUUCUUUGCCGAGGCCAGAUUGGAACGACAGCCUGCAUUGCAAACCGACAGGCACAUUGUGUUACAUACGGUAUAAGCUGGCGUGUUAA